AUGAAGUCCAACACCUUCUUCGUCGCCAUCCUUCCCGCCCUUAUCCAGGGUCUCGUCAUCCAAGAGCGUGCCGAGGGUGAAAACAUCCAAACCUUCAAAGGCAACCUGGGCGGCACCGCUCCUCCAGUCAUCAAGGGCAACGGCAACCGCCCCUUCUCGGUCGAUGGCGACACAUUUGUCAACGCCGGAGCCGCCCUGCAGCGAUCCUGCGACAGGCAGAAGAACGCUUGCGCCACUGCGGUCAACAGCAAGCAGCUUCAAGCCAGCGUUGCCGAUUGCGAGAAGCAGCAGAAGGAUUGCAACGCCGAAGCCAAGAACAACAACGGCGGCGGCGGCGGCGGCGGGCAGGCGGCCGCCGCCGCCAGUGAAAAGCUGGUAGUCGCAGAGAACAAGGCUGGUGCCGGAGACGCAAACGGAGGAACGGCAGGCGCUGGUGGUGAGGCCAAGAAGGACGAAAAGGCCCAGACCGGUAACGAUGCAAACAACAAGGCUGGUGGUGGUGAAGCCAAAAAGGAGGAAAAGGCCCAGACCGGUAACGAUGCAAACAACAAGGCUGGUGGUGGUGAAGCCAAAAAAGAGGAAAAGGCCCAGACCGGUAACGACGCAAACAACAAAGCUGGUGCCGGAAACGCAAACGGAGGAACGGCAAACGCUGGUGGUGAAGCCAAGAAGGAUGAAAAGGCCCAGACCGGUAAUGACGCAAACAACAAAGCUGGUGCCGGAAACGCAAACGGAGGAACGGCAAACGCUGGUGGUGAAGCCAAGAAGGAGGAAAAGGCCCAGACCGGUAACGAUGCAAACAACAAGGCUGGCGGUGGUGAAGCCAAAAAGGAGGAAAAGGCUCAGACCGGUAACGACGCAAACAACAAGGCUGGUGAGGGAGCCGGAGCUGAGGCAAACAAGGAGGGCAAAGGAAAGGAUGCCAAAGGAAAAGACGCCAAGGGAAAGGAUGCCAAAGGAAAGGAUGCCAAGGGAAAGGAUGCCAAAGCAAAAGAGAAGGAGGUCAAGGCAAAAGAAAAGAAGAUGAAACAUGAUCAAAAGAUGAAGGAGAAGGCUGCCAAAAAAAAGGCUGAAAAGGAUAAGGCUGCCAACGAAAAGGCUGCUAAAGAAAAGGCUGCUAAAGAAAAGGCUGGCAAGGAUAAUGCAGCCGCGGGCAAAGACAAUGCCAACGCUGGGAAAGACAACGCCAACGCCGGUAAGGAUAAUGCCGCCGAUGCCAAGAAGAACGAGAACGCCAACAAAAAUGAGGCCGACAAAAAUGGUGCGGGUGGAAACGACAAGGCCGCCGAAGGUGCAAACGCAGGAACAGCAGGCGCUGGUGCCGAAGCCAAAAAGAACGAGCAGGCUCAAGGCGGCGAGGCCAACAAGGUCACCAGGCGCUCGCGUACCGUCAGCGGCCGCGGCAGGCUUGCUAUCAGGGCCGCUGCUGCCCGCGCUGCUGCCCAGAAAUAA